GAGGCAGUAGACAAGAUAUGCAACAUCGAUUUAAUGUUAUUGAGAAUCUCAUAUGUAUCACCAACUGUCUUUGUCUUCACUGAAACCCAUUUUCAAGCCAAUGAGAUAAUUUGGAGAUUUAAUGCCAAAGAAUCUCUGGAACAACAGAAGCAAAGUACAAUGAAUAAAGUCAUGAAAUUCAAUGAUCUAAAGAAUGGGUGA